GGGGCCCCUACUCUUUUACUUAUUCACUUGCCUUCUUCUUCCUCCCAUAACCAUGGCCACUGAAACACAUCAGAUCUCUUCUUCUUUUGCAUUUAACUCCUCUCUUAAGCUUACUUCCUCCACAAACCCUCAAAAAAAUUGAACUGUUAACACUCUUCCCCACCAUUACAAACGAGUUUAAAGCAUCUUUCUCCAAGUAAAGCUUGAGAAAGACCACAACGUUUUGAUCCUUUUCAAGAAACCAUGGAUGAUGAUGGAUCUGCACAUAGCUCACUGUUUGGAGACCUAUUAACCGAAGAGGUCACAAGCAAGAUCAUUCUCACAGCAAUCAUUGUACUAUUCAUGGCUGUUCUUGUCGUUCUUGUCCUCCACCUUUACGCUAAACUCUACUGGUGGCGAGCAGACCAGCUUCAACAACAGCAGCAGCAACAAGAACAAGAAGACCAGUCUUCCAUAGCUUCUUCACCUGUAGUCACUAGCCGUCAACAAAGACGCCGUUUCAUCUUUGUCCCAGGGCAAGAUGCUGUAACCAACACUGCUGGUCUUACUCCUUUUGAGCUCAGUUCAUUACCAAUUAUCCUUUUCAGACAAGAUGGUUUGGAAUGUGCUAUUUGCUUGUCUGAUCUUGUCAAAGGAGACAAAGCUAGGCUUCUUCCAAAGUGUCAACACAGCUUCCAUGUUGAGUGUAUUGACAUGUGGUUUCAGUCUCACUCAACUUGUCCCAUUUGCAGAAACGCUGUUCUUGGUCUUGAACAACAAGAUGUUGCUACCACCAAUAUCAUCAACCAUGAUGCUGCUUUGUCUCAAGUUUCAAAUUCUUCUCUGGAGUUCCCCACCAAUGUCUUAGUAUGGGAUCAAGUUAGUACUCAAGAGGAUGGUACUAGUAAUGUUGCUUCACAGAGUGAAGAUGCUGUUGUUCUGGAUAUCAAUGAUUCUACAAUUAGAAGUCACAAUGUACCGUCUUCAUCAUCAUCAGUGAGGUUUAUUGUUGAAGAGGACGAACCAAAAUCUCCAAUGACAACGAGGUUGAGAUCUUUAAGGAGGUUUCUGAGCAGAGACAAGAGAGUCACUUGCAGCAAUAGUAGUAGUAGCUCCAAUGCUGCUGCUGCGUCUUCUUCUGCUGAUCCUUGAAGAGUGUGAUUAGAUUAGCUGAGUAAAAAAAAUUGCCUGAACAUGUCAAAAUAUGUAGAGAUCUCGGCUUGUAAUAUAAUGUAUCUAUUCCUAUAUUCAAAGCUUUUGUUUACUCAGAUUUAACACAAGAGUCCUAUGAUUGUAAGAAACUCC